CUAUCUGCAGCAAGAGCGGGGGUCCUGGGGUCUGCUCUACGUCCUAGAGUCCUGCUCGCGUGAAAAGUAGCCCAGCACGAGACACCUCCACAUCGUCAGGCCUGAAUCACAGUCCCCCCAUUAUCCCCUCGCCCAGGACAGAUAGGCCAUGUCCGGUCCAGCUGAUGAGACUGCGGGAGACCUGCCUGUGAAAGAUACAGGUCUAAACCUCUGUGGAAUGGGAGGGUUACAAGAAACUUCAACAACACGGACAGUGAAGUCUCGCCAGGCGGUGUCACGUAUCACUCGUGAGGAACUGGAAGACAGAUUUUUGCGUUUGCAUGAUGAGAACAUUUUACUUAAACAGCAUGCCCGCAAGCAAGAGGAUAAAAUUAAAAGGAUGGCCACCAAGUUAAUACGGCUAGUUAAUGACAAGAAAAGAUAUGAGCAGGUUGGUGGCGGCCCCAAGCGGCUGGGACGAGAUGUGGAAAUGGAAGAAAUGAUUGAGCAGCUGCAAGAGAAAAUUCAUGAGCUUGAAAGACAAAAUGAAGUCCUCAAAAACAGACUAAUUUCAGCCAAACAACAGCUUCAAAUCCAGAGUUACAGGCAAACACCAUACAAUUACGUGCAAUCUCGUGUUAACACUGGGCGUAGAAAAGCGAAUGAAAAUGUAGACUUACAGGAAUGCCCCAGGAAAGGUAUUAGAUUCCAAGAUGUAGCUGUAGCAGAAACUCUACAACCCAUGCUUACAAAAUAUGGCAACACUUUACUUGAAGAAGCCAGAGGAGAAAUAAGAAAUUUAGAAAAUGUUAUUCAGUCACAGAGAGGCCAGAUAGAAGAAUUGGAGCACUUGGCUGAGAUCCUGAAAACUCAAUUGAGGAGAAAAGAAAAUGAAAUUGAAUUAUCUCUUCUUCAGCUUCGAGAACAGCAGGCUACAGAUCAAAGGUCAAACAUUCGGGACAACGUAGAAAUGAUUAAGCUACAUAAGCAACUAGUGGAGAAAAGCAAUGCUCUCUCAGUAAUGGAAGGAAAGUUUGUUCAGCUUCAGGAGAAGCAAAGAACUCUCAGGAUCAGCCAUGAUGCGUUGAUGGCAAAUGGAGACGAGCUAAAUAUGCAGCUUAAAGAGCAGCGUUUAAAAUGUUGCAGUUUAGAGAAACAAUUACAUUCCAUGACAUUUUCCGAAAGAAGAAUAGAAGAGCUGCAGGAUAGAAUUAAUGAUUUAGAAAAGGAACGGGAACUUUUAAAGGAAAACUAUGAUAAACUUUAUAACAGUGCCUUCAGUGCUGCCCAGGAAGAGCAGUGGAAGUUAAAGGAGCAGCAGCUGAGAGUACAGAUUGCUCAGCUCGAGACCGCCUUAAAAUCUGACUUAACAGACAAAACCGAAAUCCUUGACAGAUUAAAAACUGAAAGAGACCAAAAUGAGAAACUCAUUCAAGAAAAUAGAGAACUCCGGUUACAGUAUCUGGAACAAAAGCAACAACUCGACGAACUUAAAAAUCGCAUGAAAUUUUACAACCAGGAGAGUGAUAUUAAUGCUGAUGAAUUGAGCGAAGCUCUCCUGCUUGUAAAGGCUCAAAAAUCACAAAAAAAUGGAGACCUUUCCUUUUUAGAGAAAGUAGACAAUACAAUUAAUAAAGACCUAGAAUGCUCCAUGAGAGAGCUGCAAGCAACUCAUGCAGAAACAGUACAAGAACUUGAAAAGACAAGAAACAUGCUAAUUAUGCAACAUAAAAUUAAUAAAGAUUAUCAGAUGGAAGUUGAGGCAGUGACCCAGAAGAUGGAAAAUUUGCAGCAAGAUUAUGAACUCAAAGUGGAACAGUACGUUCAUCUUCUUGAUGUCAGGGCUGCACGCAUCCAGAAACUAGAAGCCCAAUUAAAGGAUAUUGCCUAUGGCACCAAGCAGUACAAAUUUAAACCAGAAAUCAUGCCAGAUGACUCAGUUGAUGAAUUUGAUGAAACUGUUCACUUAGAACGAGGUGAAAACCUAUUUGAAAUCCAUAUCAACAAAGUAACCUUUUCUUCUGAAGUUUUACAAGCAUCUGGAGAUAAAGAGCCUGUCACUUUCUGUACCUAUGCUUUCUAUGAUUUUGAACUACAGACAACUCCCAUAGUGCAAGGCCUUCACCCAGAAUAUAACUUUACUUCUCAAUAUCUUGUUCAUGUUAAUGACUUAUUCUUACAUUAUAUUCAGAAGAAUACUAUCACUCUUGAGGUGCACCAAGCUUACAGCACAGAUUAUGAAACAAUUGCAGCAUGUCAGUUGAGAUUCCAUGAAAUUCUGGAAAAAAGUGGUCGAAUAUUUUGCACAGCAAAUUUGGUUGGAACUAAAGGAGACAUCCCAAAUUUUGGCACAGUGGAAUACUGGUUCCGAUUAAGAGUUCCCAUGGAUCAAGCUAUUCGACUUUAUCGAGAACGGGCAAAGGCUUUGGGAUAUAUAACAUCAAAUUUUAAGGGGCCAGGGCAAACGCAAGGGUUAAGUCAGCAAGCACCCAAAACUGCUCAGCUCAGUUCUACUGAUUCCACAGAUGGCAACUUAAAUGAACUUCAUGUUACAAUAAGAUGCUGCAACCACCUGCAGGCCCGAGCAAGGCACCUUCAGCCACACCCAUAUGUUGUGUACAAGUUUUUUGAUUUUGCAGACCAUGAUACAGCCAUCAUUCCCAGUAGCAAUGAUCCACAGUUUGAUGAUCAUAUGUGUUUCCCAGUGCCGAUGAAUAUGGAUUUGGAUCGAUACCUUAAAUCAGAGUCUCUGAGUUUUUAUGUGUUUGAUGAUAGUGAUACCCAGGAGAAUAUUUACAUAGGAAAAGUCAACGUGCCUCUGAUUUCAUUGGCACAUGACAGGUGUAUUUCAGGAAUUUUUGAGUUAACAGAUCAUAAAAAGCAUCCUGCAGGAACCAUCCAUGUUAUAUUGAAAUGGAAAUUUGCUUACCUUCCCCCAAGUGGAUCCAUAACAACUGAAGACUUAGGAAAUUUCAUACUGAAAGCAGAGUCAGAAGCUGUUCAAAGACUGCCUCCAGCAUCCUCUGUUAGCACGUUAAUUGUAGCACCAACACCUAAACCAAGACAACGUUUAACACCUGUAGAAAAGAAGGUAUCUUUUGUGGAUAUCACACCACAUCAGCCUUCUGAGACCUCUUCUCCUCCUGAAGACAUGAAGGAAGUUUCACCAGAAGUGGAGCAUACACCAGAAAUAGAAAUUAAUAUGCCAGCUGUUUCACAUAUUCCCGAGGUUUCUCAAGAAAGCAGCAUAGAUAAGGUAAAAGAGAAUAUUGAGAAAGUGCAACAAGGAAAAGAUGAUGAUGUGUCCUUACUGUCCGAGGGUCAGCUUGCAGAACGAAGUUUGCCUUCUUCUGAAGAUGAAACGGAAAUAACUGAAGAAUUGGAACCAGAAGAUGAAGAAGACAGAUCAGCUUCUGACAGUGAUGAGUGUAUUAUUCCAGGUCCUGUCUCCAGGAGUAUCAAACAGCCAUCAGAAAAAAUUCAGAUUGAGAUCAUAGCUCUAAGCCUUAAUGAUUCUCGAGUAACCGAGGAUGACACUAUCCAAAGGCUGUUCGUUGAGUGCCGAUUCUACAGUCUUCCUGCUGAAGAGACACCUGUGUCGCUUCCAAAACCGAAGAGAGGGCAGUGGGUCUACUAUAACUAUAGCAAUGUGAUCUGUGUGGAUAAAGAAAACAACCAAGCAAAGAGAGACAUCCUAAAAGCUGUACUACUAAAACAAGAGAUGCCUAAUAGAAGCAUUCGCUUCACUGUGGUCAGCGACCCUCCAGAGGACGAGCAGGAUCUGGAGUGUGAGGACAUCGGCAUUGCUCACGUCGACCUCGCUGACAUGUUUCAGGAGGGGAGAGACAUCAUCGAGCAAAACAUCGACGUUUUUGAUGCACGAGCAGAUGGUGGAGGUAUUGGCAAGCUGAAGGUAACGGUCGAAGCGCUCCGUGCUCUGCGGUCUGUCUACGAGCAAUACAGAGAUGACUUGGAGGCUUGAAGGAAACUGCUCCAGAGGCAUCUCCUACUCCUGAGUAAAUGCACACAUGAAAGCUCUUAGACGAGGUUUUUGUAAUUACUCUGUUGUAUAUAAUCUAUAAUUCAUGGGAAGUUGGGAGGGGGGAGGCCUGGGAGUGAAGUGUUCAAGUUUUGUAUACUUUUUCAUUUGUUUAUUUUCCUAUUCCCUCCUUCCCUUGACUGCCACCCUCAGGACUUAAGUUCUCCACAAUGGGCAACACCCUCUCAAUAAUUUAUGCCUACAUGAUAGCAGGAGAAAGUCGAUUUGCAUUUUCAACACUUCCUUAUGAAGAACUGAAAUGCAAUUCCCAUUUUUAUUUUUUAAUAAGCAAAAAGCAUAAAUCUGAGAAAACCUAUGAAAAAGAAAUACUUUUAUGUUAUCCCUAAUCGUCCCACUAAAUGGAAUGCCUAUGAUUAGCCUCAUUAAGAGUUUUAUACUGUGAAGAUUUUAUUAGAAGCAAUAUAUGAAAAUUACUUGGAUUAAUGUGUUAAUCUUCCUCUUUAAAAUGCUAAUAUCCAUUUUAUGCACAUUAAAGCUCAGUAUGCAUUCCUUUGAUGCAUGCAGUUUCUAUCAAUUAAAUAUAAAGAAUAAGACUUGGUACCAACUUAUUAAAUUACUGCAAGUUUUUUGGGUGUUUUCCUUAAAAAUUAACAGUUCUUAGGUUUUUUCCCUUAAAAAUUACACUUCUUCCUACUUGUAUUAUUUUCAUGUAUUUGUAAUGGUGAUAUGGGAUCCAGGGAUGUGUGUAUAUAAAGAGGAGGUAGAUACAUAUAUAUGCAUGAAAUUUACACUUUGAAAACUUAGCUUAUGACAUAGAAAGGAAUUAUUCAAAGUAUGGCUCAAAUUCUGAUAUGCUUAGUUAGAUCUGAAAGGAGUAUCUUUUUAUCAUUUUUUAAAUUUACAUCAAGCUUGUACAAUGCUGGGGUGUAUCUGGAUAACCAGAUCCUCAAAAAGAGCUCAGAAAGUUAAUUUUCUGGCUUUUACUCAGUCUCACUGAAGGAUUUAAUUGAUAUUUUUAAUGGAGCUGUGAGUCAGUGCUGCAAAGGAAUUGUCUCUAGAGGCCUAGGAUAUAAUGCAUUUCCUUUUUUAAUUUACUUUUUUAUUUGUCAUUUUCUUCAAAGGAUUUUUAUAGGCUGUGGGUUUUCACUGUUUGCAAACAGGCUAUGUUCCUUCUUAAGCAUAUGUAAAGUAUUCAGGGAGAUAAGUAAUUUAUUAAAAUCUACCUAAUUUGCCGUGAUAUAUUAAAUCUCUGCUUCAGUGAUCACAGACCAUUUCAUUUAGAGAAUUAGGCAUUCCCUCUUUGUGUGAUUAAAGCUCUGGAAAAUGAGUUCUUUGCUCCUAUUUGUGAACAUUCAAAGCCUGCUAAUGGCAAGAAGAUGGAAUAGAUUAUGAGACAAUUCAUUACAGUUCAACAGAAAAAAAAAAAGCUAUAAUGCAAAAAUGCAAGUAUGAAUAUCUGCAUAUAGUUUGAACCAUCUGUGCUCUAAUGGCUUCAAUAAUGACUCUCAUCUUUAGGGGGCUUUGAAAUGACGUCCGUACAAUAUUAAUUUGUUGAUGUACAUUGUGGGACCACUAGAGUAUGAUCUGACCAGAGAAAUCUAUAAAUUCUGUCUCUACCAUUGGGCCUCCCUGUCUGGGGCCCGCCAUCUCCAAGAAGGAUCUUGCUCUCAUCAAACUCUGCAAAUCUUCCUAACAACUCAUUCCUCUGGAACCUUCUAGAGACCACAAACAUCUGCAGACUAAACCUCUCCAAACCUAGUAAACAGCCACAUGUUUGUUGUCACUUCAGCUGGCUCUGCGCUCGUCUCUUUGGCCUCUCUUUCUAGCUGUCUUUGGCUUCGUGCAGUUACAGUGUCAUUAAGGCCAUAACAUUCCCUGCAGUCAUUUAAAGCCGCCGGUUCUGCCCUGGGCCGGACUGAGUGGUUUUGAGACAUUUAUUGUGGUAUUCUCCCAGGAGGCUUGUGUUAUUGUUUUAUAAUGUUACAUCCCAAACUAAAUGCUCUUUCUGCAGGGAGAAAAGCCGGAUUGUGCUGACUUCUUAUGAUCUCUAAGUGGAAAGGGGAAGUUUUUAUUAGAAAACUCCUGAGAUCCAGUCAGCUGUGUGGAGUGUAUAUCUCAGAUAAAUUAGAGAAUUAGCCAUGUUCCUGUCACAUUCAUGUUUAACAGAAUAGAUUAUUAAAGAUUCCUUUUCUAGUUUUAAAAUACUUGCAAACUACGUAAACUUUCACAAAACUCAUUUUGUAAGUAAUUGAAUAGCUGCUGACACAUUUUGAAGUGGAUAAUUGGUAUUGAAUGCUAUCAUGUGGAAGCUUCACUUGGGUUUCAGAAUCUGUCCAGGAAUAGUUUUUGUUUUGUCUUGUGUUGACCAGAGUUCAGUGAAAAGUUCAUCCCCUUUUGGAUUACAGAGCAGUGGUUCUCUCUUGGUGAGCUGAGUCUGGGCCGUUAAAUGUGGCCUGGGGGCAGGGGGUGCCAACAGUGGCCUUGCUGCACAAGUACGCCAACUUAAGGUAUGCUUGUGUGAACUGACAGCUCCUGGUUAAACCUACACAGUGCUCUCAGCACUUUUUUGAACUGUAAUGCUUUUAGUUUGGGAAUAUAAAUAGAGACGUGAUGCGGUAUGUGGGAGAGUGUAUUUUACAUGUUUUUUUGCCUACUGUAGUAGAAAUGUUCGCUUCCCAGCCACUGUCAUGAGAGGCAGUUGACAAAAAUAAGUUUCAUGGUUUACAGUGUGGUUUACAUACAGAACAUUUCUCUUCACUCUCAGUUUCAACAUAUUUUCUAAAUUAUGGUUUAUUACCGUUUAACUUAAAUUAGUUUUUUUAAGAAUAAAUAGAGAAUAUAUUUAAUCAAAUAAAGAACAGCCACGUUGAAAUUCUGCUGUUCCUGCCAGUCAUUUGGUACCACAAAACACAAACAAUUUCUGCGUGUUGUGAAGAAGCGCAGGCUGAGGAGGGGCCUGUGACUGGGGAGGCUCUGCGUGCACCCAUGUUCCCGCAACAAAACAUAAAUUAUUGUAGUAAUCUGACAUCAAGAGCUGUGACAGUGAAAACCACUUCUUACACAUGUUCUAACAAGAAUCUGAUUAACAUUUUUGUGGAUGUGGAAAAUAGCUUUUUUUAGUCAAACUGGCACUAUUGCUGAAUUUAGAAUGAUUUCCUUAUGCACUAGAUAGCAAAAUGUGAAUCAUGUCUGUGAAAACACAUGAGAAUAAAAUGACAUCUUUGUGUAGCAGAAAACAACCAGGAGAGAGCUUUUGGGACAUAAAAUUAUCAAGUGAUUGACAAUAUCAAGAUGAUAAUUCACCCCAGCUACAAGAGCACAUUUCGGUAAGUCACCCGUGCCUGCGGGCCUCUGACUACCUUAACAAAGAAAGACUAAACCCGUGAUUUAUUAUAGACUGGGCAACAUGCCGAAUUAGAUCCUUGAAUGGGAGCAAACACAGCUUUACAUCCUUUUGUUCAGAGCAAAAACAACCUCCAGGUCAACCAGAAAGCUAAAAAAUAUCAAAGCUGUAGAAACAACUGUUUUAAAACUGAAAAUAAAGAAUUAGAAAACAUCUCCUCAUCCCUAAUCGCUUUUAUCCAGCAAGAUAGAAUUUUCCCUUCCAUUUCAAGGCGCCGCCAGCGGACUGCGCCUUACACUCUAACCUCCUGGGAAAGUGGGCCCACCUUCCUGGUAUUGUUACGCCUUUUCUGCUUGCCCUUUCGUUUUCCAUAUAGCAUUGCCUAACAUAUUAAACCAUGUUUUUCAGAAGAAAAAUCCAGUUCUCUCAGAACGUGGCCUCUUUCCUGAGGUGGACACCUUUGGGCCUUUCUCCUGCCUUUGUCGCUUCUCACUCUUUAUUGAGAGUCGCCGUUCUCAUCUCUGUAACAGCACCGCCUCUCUCUUCACUGAACGCCAGUAGUUUCCAAAUUUGUCAUCUUGACAUUUCUGUCAUCUGUUCUCUUCACAGCUAUUUUCAACGGACCAUCCCCUCCUGCCGGUCUGUCCCCCUACUCAAUUUUAAUGAAAGCACAUUUUUUUCCUUCCUCUUUUCUUGGUGCUACAGCCACUUCUUUAGAUGCCAGCAUCUGUGAGAGCUCCAAAGCUUUCCCAAAAUGUUCUUUUGCGUUAACACUCUUCUUCAUUUGACAUGACAGGGGCACUCUUGGCCAUUAUGAAAUUAAGGGGAAACAGCAAGCUAAUUUUUGUAUCUCUGCUUCUUGUACCUUUUUACAGUGAAGUAACAGAGGCUAUAAUUCAGAAAGCUCUCAGGAAUCACUGGUAAGGAGCUGAAGCAUAAGAAUUUUUUUUAAACUUUAAGGAAAUGUGUCAUUAAAGUCAAGCUUUAUUUGGUGUAAAUAUGUUUUUUUUGUAGCUACAUGUCAUCAUUAACAAUAGGGAAAAUAAAGGAAAUUUUAGAAGAAAAAUUGAGACUACAUAAAACCUAGAGGUUGGAAUAUUUUUCUAAUCAA